AAGAGGUACCCUAGCACCUACCAGGGUGGAGCUUUCUGGCUUGCUUUCCUCCACGCUCUUUCUCUGUACCCAAGCGCACUUUUAGCCUCAUUUCCUGAUCUUAACAGCCUCACCUGCGGUGCUGUCGAGCUGCUGGGGCAGGCAGGAAUGCAGCGGACAGGACUCGCUCUCUUGGCCUUGGCUGCCUGGGUGGCUCUUCGCCCCUCGGAAGCCAUACUUCCCAUUGCCUCCAGCUGCUGCACUGAGGUUUCACAUCAUAUUUCCAGAAGGCUUCUGGAAAGAGUGACUACAUGUAGCAUUCAGAGAGCUGACGGGGAUUGUGACUUGGCUGCUGUCAUCCUUCACGUCAAGCGCAGAAGAAUCUGUGUCAGCCCGCACAAUCACGUUAUUAAGCAGUGGAUGAAAGAACAAGCAGCCAAGAAAGAUGCUAAAGGCAACAUUUGCCAUAAGAAGAAACACCACGGCAGGAGGAACAGUAAAGGAGCACAUCAGCGGAGGCAUGAAACACAUGGCCAUAAAACUCCUUAUUAGAGAGAGUACAGAUGAAGGUACACAGAUGAGUCCUGAGUGAACUUGGCCAUGGCUGGCUAUAAAUAUAUCAUGUGAAUGUUCCAAGAGGGAACAGGGCAAAGCAAAAUAUAUUUUUUUAAAGGAACAAUUAUACGGAUGCAAAUGUAGCCAAUAAUAUAAUCAACUGAAAAAUGAAAUGAAGAGAGAAUACUUAUCUUCACAUAAUAUUUUAAGCGCAGCAUACAAAUCGAAUUUCUCCAGCUUUUUUAUUAUGAUGUUUUCCAAACCUACAGAGAAGUGGAAAGAAUGGUACCGCGAACAUCUGUAUGCCUUUACCUAGAUUAAUCCUUGGUAAUAUUCUGCCACAUUUGUUUUGUUCUCUAUCUUCUCUCCCUUCUCUCCUUGUACAUGUAUAUAUAAAACAUUAUAUACAUAAAGAUAUAAUUUUUUUUGCUGAACCAUUAACCAUUUGAAAAUAAGUUAGAAACAUCAUGACACUUCAUUCCUAAACUUUUUUUAGUGUUAAAACUUGGCAUCCCUCAAGAAUAAAGACAUUCUCUAUAUAAUCGCAUAAUCAGCUUUAUACCUAGCAACAAUUUCAUCAUAUAUAUGAUAUAAUAUAUAUGUUCAUAUUCCACAUUCAAAUUUCCCCAACUAUCUCCAGAGCAUAGAUUUUUUUCAACCAAUUAAUCAAGGUUCACAUACUGCAAUUGUUAUAUUUCUUUUUUUUGGAAUUUUGGAAUUUUAUUUUUUUAUACAGCAGGUUCUUAUUAGUUAUCCAUUUUAUACAUAUUAGUGUAUAUAUGUCAAUCCCAAUCUCCCAAUUCAUCACAGCACCACCACCCCAGCCGCUUUCCCCCCUUGGUGUCCAUAUGUUUGUUCUCUACAUCUGUGUCUCAAUUUCUGCCCUGCAAACCGGUUCAUCUGUACCAUUUUUCUAGGUUCCACAUAUAUGCGUUAAUAUAUGAUAUUUGUUUUUCUCUUUCUGACUUCACCCUGUAUGACAGUCUCUAGAUCCACCCACGUCUCUAUAUAUUUCUUUAGUAUCUUUUCAUCUAAGAAAGUCCCUCUGCUUUUUUUCUUUCUUUCUUCCCAUGGCAUGAACUUUAAAAAAAAAAGAUUGUAGGCCAGAACCUGUUCUACAUUCUGGGUUUGUCUGUUUCCUCAGGAUCAUGUUCAGAUUUAACAUUUUUUGGUAAGAAUGCUUCCUAUGUGAAUUAGUAUAUUUCUUAUUGCACCAUUUAGAGUUCGUGAGCAGUGGAGUUCAUUUUCUACAUAGGAAACUUUUAGCUGAAUAUCACCUUAAAACAUGUACUAGUUUGUGUAUCUGCUGUUGUUUGGACUGACAGAUUUGGAUGCUGAAAAAAAACGCCUGCUUUGCUCUGGGGGCCAUCUGCCUCCCAGAGUCAGUUCUUGGCACUUGUAAGCGGUCCAGAGUUGGGUCCUGUGUGGGAUGAUUUUAGGGUUUCCUAAACAAGGAGCCUACAUUCUUUCAUUCCUAACCCACCUUUCCCACGCCCUGUGGGUUGGUCCCCAAGGCUCUGCUGCUCUUUUGGCCUCCUUGCUCAGAGGCUUCGGGAUGUAGAGUAAGAGGUAGUUUUCAUAAACAGCCACCAGAUGGCAGGAGCACAGGUUCCACUCAGCCAGGCGUCAGGCGUCUGAGUCGCUGCCGGCGCUCUCUGGCACCGGUGUUGCCAGCAUGACUUCGAGGUGUUCAUGAAGCACACGGAGGUGCUGAACCUAAUGUAGGUUAAAAUAUCACCAAAUGACCGUUUGUCUAAUACUCCUCAUUGACACUAAUUUAGCAUGUGAUUUAUUUAUUCUUACCAUCAAUCCUGCGAGUUUUGUAUUGCUGUUUCUACUUUAUGGAUGAGGAAACCAGAAGCUCAUGGGGUAAAAUGACUUGCCCAAGGGCACACAGUAAGUGGCAGAGACAGCCUUGUACCCAGGUCUCCAGACGCCUCCUGUUCUCCCAUCAGCCCCAGCAGUCGAGCCUGGAAGGUGUGGACAUGGAAGUGGGGCAGAAGAGGAGGAAUUCAGGUAAAGAUCUGGGCAUCAGGUGCUCCACAAAGGGCCAGGGAUACCUGCUGACAGUUUUGCUUGGGUCUAGAAUUAAGACAUGUUGCUACUGGCCUUGGUGCUAAUACUGGCAAAAAACGUCUUCAUAGAUUAGAACAGGCCCCAACAUGAUUUUAUUGAGUUUUGCACUCUUAGGCAGUGAAGGAAAUUGCACACUAUUUAUGGCCUUUGUUCUGCAAAAUCUCCCUCACCAGCUGCUUCUUUUCAACUUAAAGACAGAUUUUGUCAGAAAAUGAGGCAUGCUUCCACUCAACUCCAUCAUGCUUUUUAAUAUGAUAAUAUGAUAAAGCAGGUAAUCCUGAGGAAAACAAUUCCUAAAUGUCUUAGUCUGUUCCAGCUGCAAUAACAAAAUCUAAUACCGCAGAUUGGGUGACUUAUAAACAAACCUUUGUUUCUCACAGUUCUGGAGGCUGGGAAGUCCAGGAUCACAGUGUUGGCAGAUUCGGUGUCUGGUGAGGGCUCUCUUCUGGGUUGGAGACUGCUGACUUCUCUCUGGGUCCUCACAAGGUGGAAAGGACUAGGGAGCUCUCUGGAACCUCUGUCACAGGGCACUAGUCCCAUUCAUGAGGGUUCUAUGCUCACGACAAAAGCACCUUCCAAAGACCCCCGUCUACUGAUACCAUCAACUUUGGGGGUUAAUAUAUCAACAUAUGAAUUUUAGGGGGACACAAACAUUCAGACCAUAGCGCUAAAUGUUCCCUUUUGAUAUUGUAGUCCUAUCAUCCAAUGUCAUCAAAUUGCAGGUUCUAAAAGCUGAAGAAAGUGACAUUAAAUUAAAAAUAAUUAAUAAAAUAAGAUAAUAAUAUGGGAGUAACUUAAAGCCAAUCACAAGUUUUAAAAUUAAUUAAUCAUAACAGACAACAUUAAUGAAAAAUUAAAAUAAAAACAUUGGUCUCUAAUCCUCUCAACCAACAACUUGAAUUAUUUUCAAUUUUGUCUCCCUUCCAGUCCAGAUCCAGAAUUCUGCACAAUUUUUUGUAGCUAUAAGGACAGUAAGUUUUAUGCGAUAUUUUAAAAUUUUGAUUUUACUGCAAUGCAAAUAAAUGAAGCUUUGUAUAAGGACCACAUGCCUGGGAGAACAGCUUCUUAAAGAAAUUCCAUUUUACAGGCCAUCACAUGUGCUUAUUAAAACAUUACUGUGUCACCAAUACUGCACUAUGAAUAUAUCACCCACGUUAACCCUCUAAGUUUUUUUUUAGAUUACAUUUUUAUUAAAAUAAUGCAAGUGUGUAGUAAAAAAUAAAAGAAAAAGAAAAAGUGCAGCAGAAUUUAGCAUGAAAAACAACAUCCUCUCACUCUGUCCUCCCUCUUCCCAGACCUGCUUCUUUGAGGCACCCUCUUAAGUUUUUUAAAAGUUUUCGUUCUUCUGGAGGUGUAGGGGAGGAAAAAGUUUUUCUCCACCUUCUUAUUGUCGCUGGCUGGGUCUGCAAACUAAACUGACAAAGACAGAUUAACAGGAGAAAACAUACACAUUUAUUUAAUAUACAUUUUAUGUGACAUGGGAGACUUCAAAGGGAAAUGAAGACCCAAAGAAACAGACCUGAGUACUUUUAUGCCGAGUUUGAUGGUGAGUGGAUAGUCAUAGAGGAAUGUGAUAGGUCAAAGAAUAUGAAGGCAGUGUAGUCAACUGGGAGAAACUUAGCAAGACCUGUUUGUUAGGAUUCCUUUCUAUGUCCCUUUGUCCUCAGAAAUAAGACUGCUCCUCUCCUCCAUGUAUAGGGAGAACACCUGUCACCUGAGGGUUUUAUGACCUGUUUCAGGGAGGAAGGGUGGGGGCAGGUCAGAGUGACCUUCCUGCUUCUGCUGUUUUCUCAAACUCCUUCAGCUUAAAAUAUUCAAUAUUCAAGGUGCCGUAUUUUGGGGUAGUGUGUACAGAAGCCCAUCAGUGGUUACCUCCAUAAUUUCAAGUGAAAUGCUUAAAAUAUUAUUUAUUUUUUUAUCAAUUUUAGGCAAUCUCUGUUGUCUCCUCAUUACUUCCUAUUUCCCUUCCCUUCUCCCUCCUCAUCUUGAUAGUUUUAUCACUACUGUUUUUCCUUAUCUUUAUAACAUAAUAUACCCACCUUCCAUUCAUUAGUCUGUUAAUCCUAGAAUUUCAAUCUCCUCCUCAUGUAAGAUGUAGAUAAUACCCCAUUCUCCUUUUCUUUUCCUCCUAUCCUUCCAUCUUGCAUCUUGUGUCAUAUCAGCUAUAUUUUUACAUUUAUGUAACUAUAAUUCUGUACUAUAAUAAUAAUCAUCUUUCAUGCUUUAAGCCAGGGCCUCUCAACUCUAGCACUACUGACAUCUUGGGCUGGGUAAUUCUUUACUGUGGGGACUCUCCUAUAUGUUAUAGGUGGAUUAGCAGUAUCUCUGCCCCCUACCUACUACGUGACAUUCAAAAAUGUCUCUAGAUAUUGCCAAAUAUCUCCUAGGAGAGAGGAGUAAAAUUACUCCCAACCCUAGUUGGGAAUCACUAGUCUAGAAUCUAAGGUAGGUUCUAAAAUUGAAAACUAUAUUGCUGGAAAUUUUCUAAAAUGAUCCCCAAACUUCCCUGCCCUGACACAAACCUUCUCCCAAAUACUAAUCUAGGUAUUGCAGCAAAAGUUUUUAAGGUCACAAAUCAGUUGACCUUAAGAUAGGGAGGGACUUCCCUGGGGGUCCAGUGGUUAAGACUCCAUGCUCCCAGUGCAGAGAGCCCGGGUUCGAUCCCUGGUCAGGGAACUAGAUCCCAUGUGCUGUAACUAAGACCCAGCGCAGCCAAAUAAAUAAAUAUUAAAAACAAAAAAAAGAUAGGGAGAUUAUCUGGGUGGGAAUGACUUAAUCACAGGAGCCAUGUAAGUCUGGGUCUAGAGGUCAAAAGGGUAGUCAGAGAGUUUCAAAACAUGAGAAGAAUUCAACAUGCCGUACCUGGCUUUGAAAACAGAAGGGCCAAGUCCCAAGGAAUGUGGAUGGCCUGUAGCUGCUGAGAGAGGCCCCAGGCUGACAGAUAGCAAAGAAACAGGCACCUCAGUCCCACAACUACAAGGAACCUCAUUCAGCCAGGAACAAGAAUCAGCCUGCAGCAGAUUCUCCUGCGGAGCCUCCAGAGGGAAUGUAGUCCAGCCAAUAUCUUGAUUUCAGCCUUCUGAAACCCUAAGCAGAGAACCCAGUCACACCACGUCUGGACUUCUGGUGUACAGACAGUGAGCUAAUAAAUGGGUGUGGGUUUAAGUGGUUAAAUUCAUGGUACUUUGUUAUGCAGCAAUAGGAAAUUAACACAACCAAUAAAUGGCGCUUUUAUUUACCAUCCUGACUAUGUAAGUAUUGUUCGCUGCCGGGCCAAGUAGUGUGCUAGAGUUUAAUAUCCUUCUCUAACAAUGAACUGUGUAUAAUUCACUAUUCAGGCAACUUGAGCCUAAUGAAACAUGACUACUUUCUACAUUAUUUGCGUGUUUUAGAUAUUUUACUUCUUUCUCAGGAGUAGCCAGGUCUCCCUGUGAACUCUGGAUUUUUGUAUUAUCCAUGAACAAAUGGAAAUCUGACGUGUUUCACAAUUUAUAUAACCAAUUUGAUGCUCUUUUGACAAU